AUGACGCGCUCGUCUGCUCGUUUCCCACCCGAGGCAAAGCAGCACCGCAGCAGGGACAACAUCACGUGGACGUGCGCGAUGCACGCACGUCGAUCGAGCGACUAUGGAAUGCUCGAGGGGCCGCGCAUACUGCAGCGAUGGAGGGACGUCGGGGAGGGAACGGGUCACGCCACUGUCAAGCCUUCGCACGGCCAAGCGCCAGGCCAGCGACGCGGGAUCGGCGGGAGGCUUGGGCCUGUGGUAUUCUACACGACUUGCUGCGCUGUCCUGUACUGUCGUUCUGGCGACGCCUGCGCCGCGAUGCGACGACGCAGGAGGCCGGUGGGGUACUCGUGGUAUCGUACGCGCAACGCCUCGCGAGGGGAGGCGAGGCGGGAUGCUCGAGUCUCGAAGUCGCGUCGACGAGCGCAUCGAGCGUAUAAGCCUCGGACGGGCCUGCGGGCGUCCUGCACGGUGGCGUUCCCGUGUUCGGCGCGGAGGCGGAGAGCUCUGGCGGCACUGUGCUGUGCUUGGACGGCCUCCGAUGGUUUGUUGUACCUACAGUAA